GAGAAGAGGAUAUCUGAAUGGGUUGCCAACUUGACUGUGGGAGAAGAGGAAGAGGUAAGUAUGUAUAUCCCGGAGGAUCAGCAAGAAGCUGCCACGAAGGCUUGGGAUGCAGAGAAAAACCCUCUUAAGCGUCAAGCGUUGGAAGACGAGAAGAGGAUGGAAUGGAAAUUAGCGGUGAUGAGGGAGAAGAAGAGGAGAAUUGACAAGGCAACGGAGGCGGCAGAGGCCUUAGAGGAAGUGAAGAAGAUAGAGGCACAAUUAGCCGCCCAGCCCGAUCUCCCGAAUCAGAUGCGAAUCAUAGCUCGGAGCGUCGCAUGCCUGGCACGGGUUCAGCUGGUAGGCGUCGUUGGAGCCGAGGUGGGUCACCGCCUCGACAAGACUGAGCGGUUUUGCGCUGGCGCCAUUGAAGGCAUCAAGGCGGCAGAUCCCAAGGAGGAGGAAUCACGUCCUCCUCGCCGGGAGCCUGUCAAAGUCAAGUUCCCUAAUUCCUACAGUGGGAAGAGGGAGGAAAACUUUGACAAUUGGGAGGCCAACGUUAAGACCUAUGUGCACUUGCAACAGGUCUCCGCAGAUCAGCAAGUCCUAAUUGCUAUCCACGCGCUGAAAGAUGAGGCCGCCAGUUUUGCAAGGUCCCUAGUUCGCGCUGCCAACUGUAGUGAUGAUCUCGUUGCAUACUCCUCAUUUACGUCCCUCACCGAAUUCCUGAAGUUGUUGCGCGAGCGAUUUGCUGAUGUCACUCGCAGUGUCAAGGCAUCAGACAAGCUCCAAACCAUCCAUUCUCGUAAAUGGAAGAGUGYCAGGGCACUCAAGGGUACAAUGGAUGAGUUGGUGGCCGUCCCUGACCAUGGGGUCACAGAGGGCCARUUGGUCAACCUCUUUUACCGGGUUAUGCCUGAAGCCUUUCGAGGGCAGUUCUUCGCGAAGAGCGAAGACCCUGCCACCACUUACGAUUCCCUUAGUCGUGAGGUGGUGGCUUUUGAAGCGAAGUCAGUAUCCCUGUCCACCUUUUGGCAUAAGGAUUUGGACAAGGGAAAGCAAUGGAAAGACCGCACUAUUUCAGGGCAGGUAAAGACCAAGGAUAGCCUUGUCCUGACUUUAGAUGAGGGUAGUGUGGAUGAGAUUCCCUACGAUCAGAUUGAGUGGGGGCUAGAGGAGGAGGAGAGCGGUGUGGGCCAGGGGAGAUCCUACGCUGCUGUCGCGGCUGGAGGGAGGCCGCAAGGAGGAAGAGGCCAGGGCCAAGGGGGCCGGGCCUCAGGGAGCCGGUUUCAGGGCGAUCAGGGGGUUGGCGACAGAGGAGGAAACCGCCAAGCGGGAGGCAGGGGUCAAGGUCCCUCGCAAAACCAUCCUAGGAAUAGGUCUCCCUAUAGAGUAGGAGGAUGGCACCCAGGGCUACCGCAGGGCGUGGCCGAAGAGUUGAAGGAGAGGAUGCCCGCCUGGUCCAAGAUGAAGAAGGAGCAAAAAGGGCAGCUCAUUUUACUAGAUACAGAGAUCUUUAGAAGUAGAGUAGGGGCCCUAGUAGAUUCAGGGGCCACCCGCAGGUAUAUCAGUAAGAAAGCGCUGCAGAAGUUGAAGCUGGGACUUAAGGUCCAAAAGCUAGCAGACCCCAUAGUUAGUAUCCUCGCCGACAACCGCACUAUGGUUGUAGAGGAUUACGUAGAGGGAGUCCAGGCAUAUUUCCGACUAGAGAAGGAUGGGAAAGUGGAGAAGGUCCUCCACUCCCUGACUCUCCUCGUAGAAGACAGCCUCCCAUUUGAUAUUGUUCUGGGGAUGGAUUGGGGAGAGGCAGCAGGGGCCACGCUCCAUCUGAAGGAGCACGAGUGUAGGCUCCCUAGUUCUUCGGGCGAGGCCAGGACUGCCCGCCUGUUUCAUGUGUCAGGAGUAGAGAAUUCCUUGGCACAUUGCUGCCUUAGUGCCCCCGCGUUCGCUAGAUUGGUGAAGAAGGAGGGAUUGGAGGAACAGGUCUUUGUCUUCUAUGUUAGGCCGAUCACUGAGCCUACGGAAGAAAAGUCGAUGGACCCUGCGAUUGCCAAGCUGCUGGAAGAGUUUAAGGAUUUGAUUGAGCCGCCGACAGGCACAGUGCCGCGGCCCAUCCAACACCAUAUUGAGAUAGAGCCUGGCAGUAGAACUCCUAAGGGUGCGGUGUAUAGGAUGUCCCCGCGGGAGUUAGCGGAGUUGCGGAAACAGUUGGACGAGCUCCUUGAAAAGGGUUGGAUUAGGCCCAGUACGUCUCCUUUUGGAGCCCCUGUUCUCUUUGUACCUAAGAAAGAGGGAGAGCUAAGGAUGUGUAUAGACUAUAGGGGUCUGAAUGCCAUUACAGUGAAGAAUGCUGAGCCACUGCCUAGGAUAAACGAUCUCUUAGAUCGAAUGCAGGGGGGAAAGUAUUUCUCCAAGAUAGAUUUGAAGUCCGGAUAUCAUCAGAUAGAGGUACAUCCUGAUGAUCAGUACAAGACGGCCUUCCGGACUAGAUAUGGGCACUACGAGUUCAUAGUGAUGCCCUUUGGACUAACCAAUGCGCCAGCUACGUUCCAGCGCUGUAGGAACGAUUUGUUUAGGCCGUGGUUAGACAGGUUUGUUGUAGUUUAUCCAGAUGAUAUUCUAAUGUUUAGCAGGACCCUCGAAGAGCAUCAGGGUCAUCUAAGGCAGGUCUUGGAGAAGUUGAGGGAAGCUAACUUCAAGAUCAAUGCAAAGAAGUGUGAUUGGGCAAAGACCCAAGUUCUGUACCUAGGCCACGUCUUAGACGGAGACGGCGUUAAGCCAGAAGAUAACAAGAUUGCAGCGAUUAGAGAUUGGUCCACGCCACGUAUGCUGACAGAGUUGCGCUCGUUCCUGGGCCUAGCUAACUACUAUAGGAAGUUCGUGAGGAACUUCUCCACCAUCGUUGUGCCCCUUCGCAGAUUGCUGAGAAAAGAGACAAUUUGGAAGUGGGAUAAGGACUGCACGUCUGCCAUGAAGAAGUUAAAGCAGGCAUUAAUAGAGUAUCCCGUCCUUGAAGUCGCCAAUCCGUCCUUGCCUUUUGUCGUUACUACGGAUGCUAACCAGUACGGCAUAGGCGCAGUGUUACAGCAAGACGAUGGCAAUGGCUAUAGACCCGUAGAGUUCAUGUCCGCCAGGAUGCCUUCAGAGAAGGUCGCGACAUCUACCUAYGAGAGGGAACUCUACGCUCUCAGGCAAGCGUUAGACCACUGGAAGCACUACUUGCUUGRGAGGCACUUCAAAGUCUAUUCUGACCAUGAAACAUUACGAUGGUUAAAGACGCAGGCCAAGAUGACACCUAAGCUUACUAGGUGGGCCGCAGAGAUAGAUCAGUACGACUUUGAGCUCAAGCCUGUCAAAGGGAAGUACAACGUAGUCGCGGAUGCUCUGGGUAGAAGAUCUGAUUACUUUGGGGCAAUAGUACAUUACCUCGAUAUAGGGAAGGACCUGCAGCAGAGAGUUAGAGAAGCUUACGAGCACGACCCUAUCUAUAGUGAGCUCCUUAAGAAAGUCAAGGAGGCCCGAGAGACUGAACCGAAUUACCGCACUACCGAAGGGUUGCUUUUUGAGAAGACUAAUGUGUCUGACCGCUUGUGCAUCCUCAAUAGCGAAGACUUUCGUAGUCUGAUUUUGGGCGAAUGCCAUGACACGGAGGGUCACUUUGGUUGGCAAAAGACUUUAGCCAAUCUUAUGCGUGCGUAUACCUGGCCAGGGAUGAAGAAUGACUGCGUAGAGUAUGUUCGCAGUUGCAAAGUCUGUCAGCGUAAUAAGAGUUCUGCGCGCGCCCCGCUAGGUCUUCUCAGACCCUUGCCCAUUCCGGAUCAGCCGGGAGACUCAGUGUCAAUAGAUUUCAUGGACACUCAAGUCAAGAGCAGGCAUGGCAAGAGCCAAGUCAUGGUCAUAGUUGACCGCUUUAGCAAGUACGCAGUUUUUGUUCCCUUGCCUUCAGAGGUGCGUACUGAUUUAGUCAUACAGAGGUUCUUUGACUGUUGGGUUAGUGAGAACGGAAUCCCGCUGUCAAUAGUUAGCGAUAGAGAUAGUCAUUUUACCAGCCAAAACUGGCAAGAACUCAUGGGAGUAUAUGGGUCUAAGUUGUUGAUGUCGUCCGGCCGUCAUCCAGAGACUAACGGUCAGACGGAGCAAAUGAACAAGAUCCUACAGCAAGUUCUGCGCAUGUAUAUUAGGCCGGAUCAGAUUAACUGGGAUGAGAUGUUGCCCAAAGUAGCUAGUGCGUACAACAAUAGCGUGCAUCUGUCUACAUGUCGCACUCCCAACGAACUGCACAAGUCCUUUAGACCGCGUAGACCGUUUGAGGGACUCAACCGGGAUCAGAUUCACAGAUUGCCGCCUGGGACCAGGGAGUUUGCUGUACAGCACGGAAAAGAACUAGCUACUGUCGUAGAAAACCUCAGGAAAGCCCAGCAUAGGAUGAUAGAGCAAGCGAACAAACAUCGUCACCCUUCACAGUUUCAAGUAGGCAACUUAGUCUGGGUUAGUUCUAAAGAGUUUGCACCUGAGGAGAACAUCUUGCAGAAGUUACUGCCCACGUAUAGAGGGCCGUGGCCUGUCCUGGAAGUCAAGGGCGGCGAAGAUGGACCGUCCUAUACAAUAGAACUCCCAGCACACCUCCACACGUACCCAGUUUUCCACGCAUCGAAGUUGCUACCUUGUCAGACAAGUGACCAGUUUCCAUCUCGUAGAUCGAUGAUCCCACCGGAUAUGGAUGGAAGAUAUGACCUAGAUGGUAUAGUGGCUGAGGAUGUCUUCAGAACUGGAGGUAGAGGUCGUCCGCAGAAACAAUACAAGGUUCAUUUUAGCUAUCAGGAACCGGAAGACGACCGNGACAGUCUGUAGAGUUUUCCAUCUGGUGUGGGUGAGUGAUAGUCUACUUUGAUUAAGGUUAAGGUAG